AUGAGCAAUAUUCAUUUUCUAUCAUGGGCCGAGCAAGACACUCUAUUCAAACUAUCUUGUGCUGACGCGGAAACCUGCAGUCAACUAUCAAGCGUGGACAAUCCACUUCCCUCUCUACAAAAAUCUGAGUGCGAGCACGGCACAAAGAAAAUGGCCAUUCCGCGUCUGGCAGAAGGUGCAGAAUCGGCAUUUACCUCACCUGGUAGAUUCCACCGUCGACAUGUUCGUCGAGCAUGCGAGUCCUGUCGACAGAGAAAGACUAAGUGCACUGGUGAUAAGUCUGGCUGUCGCAACUGUCGAGAGGCUGGCAUCAUUUGCUGCUACACAGACGGAAAAAGAGAGAAGUCGAAACGCCAGCUAGCGAGUCUAUCAUCAAAGGUGCAGGCGUAUGAAGAUGUCAUCAAGAAGUUGAGCAGUCGAUUUGGUGUGUCUGAUGAACAACUCGUGAACAUCGCCCUAGCAGUGGACUCGGCCUCUGAGUUAACUCUCAACCCCGACUCCGGCUCCGCUUCAACAGGAGAACACAAGACGGUUCGUGGCUCUGGAUCGGAAGAACCUUCGGAUCAGCCUACAUCCGGUGAUCCUCUCGAGUUCAUCGACCACACGGAAGAGGAUUUCAACAAAGAUGAGACCACUAGAGCCACCGGUUUUAUUGGAAGAAGCUCUGAGAUUGCAUGGCUUCAGAGGCUUAGCAAAGAAGUCAACAACGAGUGUGAUGGAUGGCCAUCCACUAAUUCCACCACGGAUGAUGACAACGGUCUGCCAUCGCCCACUUUGACACCCCGAGCCGACGGUCCAAGUGAGCCAAGGGUAGCAUCUACCAAUUACUAUCUCGAUGACUCAGAUGUAUCAAUCACAGAGCAAGUUGACACCUAUGGAGUACCGUCACGGGAAACAGCAACUAAAUUGCUCAAUACAUACUUGACCUCCGUGCACCCGUCGUUCCCAAUUAUUGGAAUUCUCACAUUCGUCUCCCAGUUCCAGGUCUUCUUUAGCCAGCCAUCUCUGAAACCCGGAAAUAAGUGGCUGGCCAUUCUCAACUUGAUCUUUGCAAUUGCAGCUAAACAUGGUCAGUUGACGGAGACGGACUGGGAGGAUGAAGAAGAUGAUCAUCAGUCGUAUUUUGCACGAGCGAGGAUGCUCAGCAUGGAGGAUCAGCUCUUGCAGCAUCCUGACUUGCAGCAAUUGCAAGUUGAAGGUCUCGCCUGUUUCUAUAUGAUUGCAUCUGGUCAUAUAAACCGAGCAUGGAAGCUUUGCGGAAGUGCUGUCCGUGGAGCAUUGGCUCUUGGUCUACACCUGCGCAAUUUGGGAUCCUGUACUUCGGAUAGUUCCAAGGAAAUACGAUACCGUGUCUGGUGGUCAUUAUACACGGUUGAACAUCUCCUCACAGUCAUCACUGGACGCCCAUCCUGCAUUAUAGACAGCUCUUGCACCACGCCGUUGCCUGUUCCAUUCGACGAAAGCGACUUUCAAAAGGAAGAGGUGGCACAUAUGAUCAGUGCUGCUGGGCGAGCCGCAUCUGAUAGCCUCGACCGAGCGUCAUUCCACAACAGUGCAGCCAAUUUGGACUCUAACACGGACGAUGACAACUGUGACAGCCCUGCAGAGUGCGAGACAAGAAUGACCAAGGCCGAGUACCUGAAGAGUCUUCCGCCAUGUAUGUCACUGUAUUUCUUGCAGCUGACAUCCUUGACGACUAUCGCCAAGCGCAUGACAAUCAAGCUAUACAGCCCUGAGGCACUGCAGUCUCCCUGGGCAAGUACAGAAUUUACGAUUCAAAGCUUGAUGUUGGAUAUUGACACUUGGUUCAUGAACCUACCGUCCGCUUACGAUUUUACCUCGACGCAGACUCAUUGUCCGCUGGGUCAACGCAUGGGACUUGCUUUCCUAUUUUAUAGUACUAAGAUCGGUAUCACUAGACCAUGCUUGCGCCGACUGGAGGCUUCACCACAAGAGGGUGACAGGGCACAUGAGUUUUGCAGCAAGACUGCAGCAGAGUGUGUCGAGUCAGCCUGUCAUAUGCUGACCCUAUUCCCGGAUGCUCCAGACGCGGCUCUUCUCCAUCGAAUCACACCCUGGUGGUGUACCCUCCACUACCUAAUGCAAUCUUCCACUGUCCUUCUUCUCGAACUUUCAUUUCGUGCACAACAUGUCCCGGAGAAAGCAACAAUGGUCUCAAAGGCCGCCAAGAAGGCUGUUGACUGGCUCUCGACGCUAUCUAAGAUGAAUGAUGCUUCUGAGAAAGCCUGGAAGCUCUGCGAUGGAUUCCUUCAGCGUCUCCCGUCAAAUCUUGAAAAUGACAACAACAACAACAAUAAUAACAACAACAACAUAAGCGAACUCGCCGAGCAAGAAUCCUCCGGGGGCUCUCUACUAGACGAGCUUGAAAUGGACGAGCCCGACAUUGCUGGACCCGACAUUGCCGAGCUUAGCGCAUUGUCUAAUGACCAAGGCGUAGAUGACUUCGCUUUCGGAGCCUCGGAUAUCUUGCCCAUGAAUGCGGCCGAAUUAGAUACCACUGGCGGAGAGCUAGACUCAAUUGCAUGCUCGCCGAUGGAGCAGUCAGGGACUUCCCCACUCGGUAUGACAGUGCCUUGUGGCUUUGACCCUCCAGACAUGCUGGACCCCUUCAUAAAACAAGAAAAGUCAUCCUACGAGGACUAUUUCCCCCUACGACCCAGCCACGGGCCAGAUUACGGGGUCUUUCUUCCCACCCGGACCCAACAUCGAUCUUGA